UGUUAGAGCUGGGCUUAGGUGCGACUCACAAGUGCGUUUAUUCAUCCAUCCUGCAGAAAUAAGCGAUCAGUAUGGACACUAAUGACAAGUUUCCCGUUUUCUUUGAGUGCGCUCAUUUGAACGACGAUCAAAGGAAGAGGAUAGAAAGUUAUUUCAAAAUUAAGCGCAAAUCGGGCGGAGGAGAGUGCGGCUCGGUGACUGAGGUCGGGGGGACAGUUUACAGUAUUGCUUUUAAAGAGCAAGACGCUCAACAAAGUGUCCUACAGAGAUCUAAGCACGUUCUGGAGAUUGCUGGUGUUACUAUAGUGCUGAAUGUGCGAGACAAUGCCCGACCCAGCACCUCCUCUGAUAACGCUACUGUGCCCCCAGGCCCGGCAGGCAGUCCAAACCUGAAGUUAGCAACCACAUCUCCGCAGCAGAAGCAACAGUCCAGUAUUCCUCCAAACCUGCUAACAAGUAGUGAAGAAUACGAGCUAAAGCGUGACAUUUAUAUCUUUCGCUACCUGAAGGAAUCUCCAAAAGUCAAGGAAGAACUGGAGAAUCAGCUGGCCUUACUUUCCUGCACUGCUGAGCUUCAACCAGAGGAGGAGAGAAUUUUAGUCAGGCGAGUGGCUCAGCCAGGCACUGUAGGUGAAUUUAAAGACUGGAAAUCUGAAGUUAACAAACUGUUUGAUGGCUACAAGUGCCACUAUGAGGUGGACUCUCACAAAGUGAAAGCUUUGCUGCAGUCCUACAGCUCUCAUCAGACCACAGACAAGGUGAAGGUGUACAGUGAGAUCGGGAUGGCUGUUGUUGUAGGGGAGCGUUACCAGGUGGAAGCCAGGUUAACAGAUUUGAGCUCUCUGUGUGUUAAAAAUCGAGGAUCUCGUUCAAGUGACACGCAAACCACUGUUCGUCGAAUCGGUGAGGCCAAACUGCGUCUCCUCUGGAAAGAGAUUAAAUGCAGUUUAGGGCAAAAAUUUCCAACACUGAAAGUCACCCAGGCUGAUGAAGGUAAGAUAGUUUUGACAGGAUCUGUGGAUGAACUUCUCAAGGCUGGUGAGGUAAUCACUGAAAAGGAGAAACUAGUGUUCGAGAAGGCAAUUGCUGACAAAAGCCCACACUUUUUGGCCUUCCUAAAAAAAUGUUAUGGUGGUCCAGGGUUGCUUUGUGACUUUUUAGGAGUUGCUGAGAUGGUUGAAGCAGAAAUACGGGACACAACGCUACACUUUUUUUCUCUCAGUGCCGAUAAUUUAGAUGACUCUGUAAAAAAGAUCCAAGAAAACUUUAAGGAUGUUAGAUAUGAUAUUCUGAACUGCCCUGUUGUUCCACCAGAGCUUUGUGAAAAGCUUAAAUCCAAGACAAAUGAGAUGAACCAAAAGCAGUACAGAGCUAAUGUUGUGUUUGGUGCAGAUGGCACUGUGUGUUUGCUUGGUCACACUGAAGAGGUUGAAGAGCUCAGUGAAACUGUAUCUCAGUUUAUUUUAGACCAGACAAGCAUGGAAGGCAAAGUCAUUCUCCCUUUCCGUGAGUUAGUUCCUCUUUUACCAGAGUUUCUGCAGAUACAGGGGUUUGACUAUUCAGAUGUUACCUUCAGUCCUGAAGUGUCUUCUUCUAGCCCAAUGGUGUUGCUUGUAGGUUCAUCCAGCAAAGUGACUGAAGUCAGGAAUAGGCUGGGUCCACUUCUUGACUCUACUGUGCAAAACAGAGUGACCAUUGACCUGCCAGGGGCGGCAAGAUAUUUUAAUAGUCACUCUGGAAGAGAAAGCCUUUUAAAGGUUGCACAUUCUCAAAAGUGUCUCAUACAGCUUGAGGAACAGCCUCACUUGAGCAGAGAGAAUAGUACUGUUGCCAAAUACAAUCUUCAGCAUGGGCUUCAGAUGAUUGUUUACCAGGGUGACAUAACAAAACAGUAUGCAGAUGGCAUUGUAAAUGCUGCCAAUGAAGAUUUGAACCAUGUUGGUGGUGUUGCUGCUGCACUCAGUAAAGCAGGUGGCCCUCAAGUGCAAAAAGAAUGCAAAGUUCUUGUAGAACAGACUGGAAAAAUUGCUGUCGGUGAAGUAGUAGUAACUACAGGAGGGGACCUGAAGUGCAAGAACCUGCUGCAUGCUGUUGGACCUGAAAGUGGAAAAGCUAGUGGCAGAGAGAGGGUCAUACUGGAGAAAACCAUCCGCAAAGCUCUCGAUUUAGCUGAACUGAUGGAGUUCAAGUCUAUUGCCCUACCAUGCAUCAGCUCAGGCAUAUAUGGUGUUCCUAUCAAAGUUUGCUCUGAGGCUAUCGUAACUGCCAUUAAGGAGUUCGGUAGUCAGGGUGGGAGAAGCCUUAGCAAAAUCAUACUGAUAGACAAAAGGGGAGAGGUGGUGAGGGCCCUGCAGGAAGCAUGUGACCGACUUCUGCCGGAAAAAGAUUUGGGUUUCAAGGUGGAUGUUCCUGACCAAGAAGCAGCAAGUGGAGCCACUGCUGAAGCCCCUGUACAAGUUGAGAUUGUUCAAGGAACAAUUGAGAACCAACAGGUGGAUGCCAUUGUAUCUCCUAUGGUUGGUCAUGAUCCUGUGUCUACCCGCAUUGGAAAUACUUUAAGCAACAUGACUGGAGGACAGCUGGAGGCAAAAUUUCACAAGGAAGCAGGAGGGGCAACUCUGCCAAGUGAAAGUGUUGUGGUUGAAGGGUUACCUGGUCUUAAAUGUAAAGCUGUCUUCUUCCUCAACCUGCUGUCCUGGGAUAACAACCAACAUGGAUCUGCAGCCCAGGCGCUGAGGCAGGGAAUCAAAAAGAUACUGACUACCUGUAAUGUCAGAGCCUACAGUUCAGUCACUCUUCCAGUGCUUGGAACUGGAAGUCUCCUGCGUUUUCCAAACAACGUAGCAUGUAGGAUUCUUCUGGAGGAAGUUAGUGUGUUUGAACAAAACCAGACCAGGAGGUCACCUUUCCUGGUGCGAAUUGUUGUUCAACCUAUGGACAAAGAAUCAAGCAAGGCCCUCCAGUCUGCCCAGGGGGACCUUCAUCUUAGAGGAUUUACAAAUGAUGUUAAUCCAGCUCAAGCUUCCUUUUACAGGCAUGUCUCCAUAACUAAUGAUGAGGUCACAGCCAUGAUAGGCGGAGUCAAGCUACAGAUCCUCCAUGGUGACAUUGUAGCUGCAGGAACCGAUGUUAUCGUCAACACAACUGACUUCAAAAAUCAUCAGUCUGGUGUCUCCAACGCCAUUCUGACAGCAGCAGGACCAGCAGUCGCUGCAGAGUUAGCAAAAGUGGGCAUUCCUGCAGACCUCAUCUGCUCAACACAACCUGGGCUUCUUGGGUGUAAGGAAAUCGUCCAUGCUGGCUUCAAAUCCGACUGUGAUCUGAUCCGCAAGAACUGCGCAAAGAUUCUGAAACUCUGUGAGAGCAAAGGAUUUGGCUCAGUGGCAUUCCCAGCCAUUAAUACAGGACAGGGACGUUUGAGCUCUGUUGAUGCUUCUAAAGCAAUGCUGGAUGGCUUGGCCUCAACAAUCAGGGACAUGAAUCCUGUUUCUCUUUCUCUCAUCCGCGUCGUCAUCCUGCAACAAGCAGUUUUCAAGGAUUUCAGGUCAGAGCUGGAGAGUCGCUUUGGGCUAAUUGUAAAGAGCCGCCUCAGCCUUAAAGACAAUGCUAGACAAAAGCUGAAGAAGCUACAAGAAAAGUUCUCUAGACUCUCAACAUCCUUGUUUAAACAAGACCAAACCUUCAUUUCUCCGAAGCCCGAGCUCACAGUUUUGCGUGUAAUCAGUUGUGGCCCAGAUGUCACCAAGAGUGUCAAAAAAGAUUUGGAGUUGAUUGUGCAGCAAGAACUUUUAGAGAGAACAGUGGAUGUGGACAGUUUCUAUAAGCUAGAUAAAAUGGAGUUGGACGCAGUGAGGGCAAAAAUCAAAGUCACAGGAAUAAGUUUAGAGCACAAACCAGUUAAUGCUGGUAGAUCCAGGGGAAGAGAUCAGUCAGGGUCAGGCCAAGAAGUAUAUGUCCUUAAAGGUUUGAAGGAAGACGUCUUCAGUGUUCUUGAGCUAAUAAACAAAGCAGUCCAGAAAGCACUUAAAGAAGACAUUAAAGAUAAGGAAGAGGCGAUGUUGGCUCUUACCAUCCAGUGGGCAAUGAAAGAUGAUAAAGGACAAUGGCAAGAGCUGAGCCUUUGUGACAACUACAUGCUGGAGGAAGCUCACUUACAGAAAAAAGUGUCUGUGGAGAUGGAGACACCAGAUGGCGUGACUCUCAAAGUAAAUUUAAAUUCACUGGAAGCCACUGACUGGAAAACCGGCAAAACAUAUAAACUGAAAAGGACAGAGUCCGAAGCCUUGGACUUACCUUCACACUGGGAACCUAUGCACCAGGAUAUCUUUAAAAAGGUAGAGUUGCAGCCUAACUCCCAGGAAUACCAGGAUGUAGCUAAGGACUUCCACAGAACUACCAAGUACAAAAUUCAUAAAAUUGAACGCGUGCAAAACGUGUACCUGUGGAAUGCCUUUAGCUUGUGUCGGCAGCGUAUACUUACCAAGAAUGGUCUAGCAGAACUCGGAGAAAUGCAACUCUACCAUGGCACAUCUGCAGAGUCGUGCAAUUGCAUUGAAAGAAACAGAUUUGACCGGAGUUAUGCAGGAGCACAUGCCACCGCAUAUGGAAAGGGAGUUUACUUUGCAGUCAAUGCAGAUUACUCAGCCAAUCGUUAUUGUCCAGCGGACCCAUCAGGAAUGAAGCGACUGUAUGUUGCUCGUGUUCUUACCGGUCGGUACACAGUGGGUAGUUCCUCCAUGAAAGCUCCCCCUCCUCGAGGUUCAGACCCCACUGACUGCUUCGACAGCUUGGUGAACAACCAGCAGCAGCCCAUAAUGUUUGUUAUCUUCCACGAUGACCAGGCCUACCCAGAAUACCUCAUCACCUUCAGCUGAGCAGAAAUUGACAAUUCCUUUGUCAAACACUGCAAAUAUAAAACUCUGUUAUUUUGAGGUAUAACAGUAAUGUUGGUUAACUAAUAACUCUUAAAAGGUGGCUAGCAAUUGAGCUGUGCAAUCAAUAGCAUUUAAGUAGAAAUGACUCAACAAGGCUUUUGACUGUACCACAGAAUGGCAUUAUAGUCAUUGUAUGAAACAAGCCUAUAAAAUAGAUAUUCAUAGGAGGAAAAUUAAGACUGUUCUUUUUUUUUUUUUAUAAACUCCUCAUCUCUGGAGAUAGAGUAUUGCACCUGAAAAGGAAUUCAGUGUGCAAUUAAAAAGUUAGUAGAGCAAUAAAUACAUGUCCUAUUACAAAAAAGACAUUUUCAGGCAUUUUCUGCUUGUUGAAGCCAUUAUUUCAUUAAGUUUCAUCUCACAGAUUGGACACAAUGGGGAGGUGGAAUUUGCUAUAGUUGUAUGUUGGAGCAACAGAGAAAACUCUGCUCAGUUAUUUUUUUAAACUCAUAUGUGUCUUGCUGUUAUGUUUUUAAUUUUUUGUAAAUUUUAUAUAAUGACAAUUUAAGUGCCUACUGCAAUUUUGGAUAUAAUAAAGCUAGUUCCACUUUAUAUUGUCUAUGGGAAACGCAGAAGAAAUUCAGGACUUUUUUAAAUUAUUUUUUUUAUAAAUGCCAUUAAUGCAAAGAAAUGUUAGUAAAUAGUUGCAUUUCAAACAAUGCAGCCCUUUACAUUAUUUUUAUUUGAGAAUAAAUUCAUACAUAUGUUGAACAAACCUUUUAUUAGGCAUUUUUAGUUAGGGGAAUGUGAAACAUACAUGAAUUAAUGUUUUCAGUUUCACAGCAAAGUCAUCUUAAGACAGUCAGUUAACCUGUGAAUUAGGGUUAUGCAUGUCUAGCCCACCAUGAUUUCAAUAACUUUUAGCUAAGUCUGUAAUUUACUACACUGACCAGCAAAAGGACAACAUUUCACAUAGAGAAACAUGCAACCAACUCAAAUCAUGUUCCUAAAUGUAAUACUGCUGGAGCUAAGUGCAAUGUGAUUUAUUACCUGUGUCCCACUUUAUUAUAUAGGAACCAUCUCACUUUUCAAUGGUAAAAGAAACAUUCUGACUUUAACAUAUAUGAAGGUGAGGUAUCAUGUAAACUACCACACACACACACACACACUUACAGAUCUCUGUUUUAAGUGAGGACAAAAAAACGUUAUGCCUUACUAUUUAUUUUAUUUAUACAGGAUGUUGUUGGGGAAUGUAAGGAACUUUGUGUGGUUAUAAAAAUAGUGAAUAAAAGUUUUAUGAGCUUCUU